GGGACGCCGGGCUAGGACACCGGGCUCGGGACGCCGGGCGCAGGGAGCGGCGAUGGCUCUGUCCGCGGCCGACCGGGCGGCGGUGCGCGCGCUGUGGAGAAAGAUGGGGAGCAACCUGGGCAUCUACACGACCGAGGCUCUGGAGAGGUCCUUCGCGGUCUUCCCCUCCACCAAGACCUACUUCCAGCACCUGGACCUGAGCCCCGGCUCCGCGCAGGUGAAAUCCCACGGCAAGAAGGUGGCGGACGCGCUGACCGAGGCCGUGGGCAGCUUGGACGAUCUGCCCGGCGCGCUGUCCGCGCUGGGCGACCUGCACGCGCACCGGCUGCGUGUGGACCCCACCAACUUCCAGCUCCUGGGCCACUGCCUGCUGGUCACCCUGGCCCGGCACUACCCCGGCGACUUCGGCCCCGCCAUGCACGCCUCGCUCGACAGGUUCCUGCGCUGCGUGUUCGCGGCGCUGCUCGCGCGCUACCGCUGA